CCAUCUUAGUUCCCAUGGGCCGCGUCGUGGUUUUUGUUUGAAUUUCGAACGUUCAGUUGCAUUCGGUUAUCGGUAAAAAUGUAAUUAUUCUGAUUUACCGAUACAUUCGUGAAUUUUCGGAUGUUUGCUACGAGAUUUCAAUUCACUAUUGAUUCCUAUCACGUUUAAAAACGACGAGGAAGUUUAUUUCUUGUGCAGACUGUUAAUUGUCACAAACUUGCUGGCGGGAAAGACCUAACCUCACCGCGUUGUCGAUUUUGAUAGAUAAGUCGGAUAAGCUCCAACACGUUUUCAGAGUAAGAAUUGAAAAAAACAAACGCUAAUUAGAUGGCUGAGCGAUUAGAAGAUCUGAACCUGCCCAAUGCAGUUGUGACCAGAAUCAUCAAGGAAGCUCUACCGGAUGGGGUAACAGUUGGAAAAGACGCCAGAACUGCAGUAGCAAAGGCUGCGUCCAUCUUCAUACUCUAUCUUACGUCGUCUGCCAAUAUAGUAGCUAAGAAAGGCAACCGUAAAACGAUCAGUGGACCAGACGUGAUACAAGCAAUGAUAGACAUCGAGUUUGAUCAGUUUGUCGAUCCACUACAAGAAUCUCUAGAAAACUUUAAAAAGAUUCAGAAGGAAAAGAAGGAUGCGACGUCGAAGAAAAAGCAACAGAAGAAAGAUGAUGAUGAUGUAAAUGGCGAAGAUGAGGAAGCAGGAAGAGAAAUUGUAGUUUUCUAAGAAGUGAGCUUGUCUUAUAUUGUUCUUAAGUUAAUAUAAUAGUUUAUCUAUAAUAAUAAUGAUUUAAGAUUUUAGUUUAUAAUAAAAAUGCUCAAGUGGGAAUAAUA